AUGGCUCCUCUCAAUUCUCCCCUCGUGGCUCGUGCCCCAGACGGAUGCCCCAGCACAAUAUCCGGCGGAGGAAUCGCUGGAAUCGUCCUUGGCUCGAUAGCAGGGACCCUGCUCAUCCUUUGGCUGUGGCGGGUUUGCAGCUUACCCGGCACCUGGAGUGGCGGAAAGGAGCCAGAUUUUGGCUAUCGUCCUCCGGUGACUCGUACCUCGAGCAGCCGCAGAAGACGGCGCAGUCGUGGCCCAUACGUGGACUAUGUUGAAAAGUCGCCGUCGCGCCGGUAUCGUGAUGAUCAUGGCUUAAACGGUGAAUCAGGCCUCAACAAGGAUAACUUUUCGUCUACUACCUCCGCGGCCAAGACUGGUGUCUCGACUCUUACCCAAAUCGAACACGAUGUGACGCCGGACUGGCCCAAGCUAGUCCGCAGGAUGACCGAUUUUGGUAAAUUUGAGAUCAAAGCAGAGCAGAAUAAAGAUCUCAUUUUCAAAUGGACACCUCGUGCGUACGAAAGUGCGUCGUUGUCUCCUAUGGCAUCGAAUCCCGAGUUCUUCGCGACAGAUCCGAGCCCCGGAUACGAAAAGAUCAUGUCUGUGACGUGGGCAUACUCGAACACCACAGCAGCACUCUCAAAUUGUGAGGUGAAGACUGUAAUUGAGCAUUCCUCGACGGAUAUCCAGAAGUUCCUGGAUAUCAUCUGA